AUGUCGCACAGCGACACCAUCCCCCUUCACCCCUCGUCGCAGUCGGACAUCGAUGAGAUCGAGAACCUGAUCAACGCCAGCGUCCAGUCCGGCCCCGCCACUGUCCUUCCGGCUAGACCCCCUAGUCCGCCAAGGGCGUCGAUACCCAUCUCUUCGUCGCCCUUUAUCGCGUCCAACCUUCCCCCGCCGACGUAUCAGAAGCCGCCCACAGCUCCUGGACCGACCCCUCCGGCGGUCAUCCCUGUCUCCGACUCGCGCCCCCUCCCCUCCGGACCCACUGGAUUCGGGUCGCCGCCCAACACGCUGACGGAGCCAGUGUGGGACACUGUGAAGAGGGAUUUGUCGAGGAUCGUGAGCAACCUGAAACUGGUGGUAUUUCCAAACCCUAAUCGCGAAGAUCCCGGCAAGGCGCUGAGAGAUUGGGAUCUUUGGGGUCCCUUCUUUUUUAUCAUUUUCCUGGGGUUGACACUCUCGUGGUCGGCAUCUGUGAAGAAGGUUAGGAUUUGUUUCCUCUUUUUUUCUCGUGUGUCAUGGGCCUUGAUGGCCGCAUAAUCAUAAUUAUGUGGAUUUGUUUUUUGGAUUACGGCUGGUUUUCGUUUCACUCCUUUUAUUGUUACUUUUGGGAUAUGAAUACGUCGAUUCUACUGAUAAAUUCGCAGUGGUUUUCUUUUAGCGUCGAAACACCAGAGCAGAGUUUCGUACUGGGGCCUCAGUUCCUCGAUUUAGGUCUUUGAAUGCCAAGUAUGGUCGAAUUACAGCCUAUUGACUUUGCAUCAUGGCAUUCAAAUGCUGUGGGGGAAUCGAAAUGCGUAAUGCUGAGCAUGGUUUCCAUUAUGCUGGAUCUUUGGGAUAGUGUCCUAAUGAUUAUAAGAAUAGUAAGGGUUGUGGAAAACAUAUUUUAUUUUCCUCAUAUUGGAAUUAAUAAUAAUGAUAGAAACCAGAGAAGCAUAUUUUUUUGAAGCUUUUCUUUCUGGUCGGCUGAUUUUUAUUAUGUUGAAGUACCUAGGAGCAUGCCAAUUACCUUAGUCAUAUGGCAGAACUUACUAUCCUCGACAGGAAUAAUGCCUUUUUUUUUAUUUAAAUAACCUAGAUUACACAACCAGAGGGCAGUGAUGGUCUCUCAAAUCGGUUAAAGAGUUUUUUAGAGGAAAAAUGAAAAGAAUGGAUAUAACAUAGAGAGAUGUAAUCUUCUCUUGGGAAAUUCUCAACCAAAUAGUUAAUGGAUAUAAAACCCUAACUACGUGAAUCUCGAACAUACUGUCUUUAACCAAAUACUACGUUCUUUGAAUCAGAAAUUAAAUGACAGUACGUUCUGAACUCUUUGACUCGCUUUUUAAACCGAACAUUGCUUUAGUGUUAUCUAGAGAAACAAAUAUCUACAGGAUAUUCUAUAAAUCUUUUGUCAACUUCUAACAGUGAUAUAACUAGAGGACUAAGUAACAUAGGUUGAUAGUUUUUAAACUUAAAUCUAUCAGAAAGAAACAGCUGAACGUUUUGAGUAGAAUUGCAGCAGAUUGAAGAGAUAAAAAAUGAGUCGUCAAAAUUUCCGUUCCUAAUUUGGUGAAAGUCUCGUUGUAGGAUUAGUUGGCUGCAUCGAGUAUCUUGCCUCAUAUUAUGAUCAUCAGCUGAAUUUAAUUUCUUUUGACAGAGUGAAAAGGCUGGUUGUGGUAUAUGCAGAUCUUUAGUUCCCAAGGAAGUUUUGUGAUAUGAUAGUCAGCCACUUACCCUUAUGGAUCAUUAACAUUUUUUAAAACUUAAACUUUGCCUACUGCUGGUAAGGUUUACGGCUGUUGAAAUAAGAAUGUGACGUAUAGAUUUUUGUUCCUUUUUUUCGAGUUUUAUCACAUAAGUUGCAUACUUCAUGAUCCCUUGGAGUUCAAUAACUCCCAUCUCAAAAAGAAUUAAUGGGGACAUGUGAUUGUUUAAUUAAUUUAUCAUAAUUAUGACAUGCAUGUACUAACUAAAAAAGAAAAACGAAAACAGUGCUAUCAAUUUGUGGGUAACAUUCCCAAUGAGAAACAUGUGUUUGGUGCUCACAGAUGGAGAAGUGGUCAUCAUUAAUUCUGAAUUCAUUGUCCUUCCCCAACUAAAUGAACACCAAUUUCCAUUGAUCGUGCGUGUCAUUCCAAGUAGGGUAAUCAGAUUGCACGUCAGAAUCACCCUUGAGAGAAGCACAUAACUUAUCCAACUUCUUGAUGUAUAUCCUUUAUUUCGCAUCAUCCUACUAAUUAAGUUCUCUUCUUUCAACUAUUUCAGUCCGAAGUGUUUGCAGUCGCAUUUGCCGUCCUUGCAGCCGGGGCGAUCAUACUCACACUGAAUGUCCUACUUUUGGUAAGUUCCCUUCCUCGUGUCUGUUCCUUUCAGUCUCCCUUCACGGCUUCAAUACACACCCUCGUCCCCCUGCAGGGUGGGCACAUCAUCUUCUUUCAGAGCCUUAGCCUUCUGGGCUACUGUCUAUUCCCUCUGGAUGUGGGGGCCCUUAUCUGUCUUCUCAAGGACAAUGCCAUCGUCAAGCUCAUCGUCGUGACUAUCACACUGGUGUGGAGCUCUUGGGCAGCAUACCCAUUUAUGAGCGCAGCAGUUGGCCCCAGGAGGAAAGCCUUGGCCCUCUAUCCAGUCUUCCUCAUGUAUGUCUCUGUUGGCUUCCUCAUCAUUGCCAUCUGA